AUGGUUGAUCAAAUGACGAGACCCAAACUAAAACAGCUGGAGAAGAGACUGGAAAAUGAAAAGCACAAUAUGGACGAUAAAGAGGAGUCUACUCAGUCUGCAAGGAGUUAUGAUGGACAUCUAGAUCAACUGCAAUGUGCACUGAGGCGAAAGCAGGACCUACUGAAAAGACUCAGGGAGCAGCACAUAUUGGAGGACCUCAACAGACCUCACACCUGGGGAGGGUCACACAAAAAGUGCAAGUCACAUUUCUUCACUUCCCUUCCACCGCUCCCACUCCACUAGAGACACUCUGCAUUAAUCUCAAAAACACCCCAAUCCCGAGUCCCCCCCUGCCUUUAUCGCUCUCUGCAGCUACCCCAGCAGCCUGCCUCCAUAAUACAACAGCUGCCACAACAGUAGCCUCUGAUUACUCAGAUUCCCUACCCGGCACUAUGCUCAGGCAGCAUCAAAGAGGACAUGGUGGAAUUGAUGCUGAUGCAAAAUGCCCAGAUGCACCAGACCAUAAUGCACAAUAUGAUGCUGAAAGCCAUGCCUCCUAUGUCGCCACCUGGAGUGCCCCGUUACUGUGCCCCUCAAACUACAUAUCUUGGGCAGGAUAGUUACCAGGGAAACCACAUUUUUGUCAGGCCAGAUGUUAAACCAAGAGGAAGUGCUGUACAUCAUCAUCAUCAUCAUCAUCAUCACUAUGGUACUACCCCUGCAGCACCACAGCUGCCUCCCAUCAGCCACCCUACAUGGCCACCAGAGGUGUCAUCUGUCCUAACAGGACAAGCAGGAGAUCUACCCUCUGUACACCACGAAACAGCCCCUCUCACACUCCCACCACUCAAUGCGUAA